AUGUUACAUGAAUUCACCUAUCAAGCCAUGGCUAACGACCUUUUGCCAAUUGUAAACGGUCAAAAAUAUACAUAUAGUUACGUCGAUGAUGAUGGUGCUCCAGCAGAUAAGGAUGCUAUGCUAGACGAAACCGAUACGAUAUGGGUUGGUAUACGGCAUAAACACAUGAAGGACUGCAUCGAUCAACUUAUGACAGAUUUCAACAAAUUUUUGGCCAAAAAUCCCCGAAUAAUAGUUUUUAUAGCCGGUGGUGUGACAUAUUCAGAACUCCGGACUGCAUAUGAAAUCACUGAAAAACAUCGUCAAGAUGUCAUUAUUGGUUCAACGCAUAUCAUAACUCCUCAGAAAUUCGUUGAAGAUAUGUCACUUCUUCACAAUCCGCCUACGCAGUCUUAUUCACCACCAAAGUCAAGACCGUUACCUGCUCCUCCGAAUGUACCAGCUGCUCAAAAUUAUAAUCAAUAUAAUAAAUCACCAUCUGCUUAUGGUAAUUAUUAUCCGCAAGGUGGUCAAUAUUCACAACCUCCAUACUCACAGCAAGGCACUUUUCAAGGAGGCAACUAUCAACAACAAGGAAAUUAUUCUUACAAUCAAUCAAAUCCCG